AUGGGUAACUGCAGUCCUACGAGUCAUUCUCAAAGCAAUACCUUGGACUCUACAGAUCUGGAGGAGCUGAUGGCCAACUUUACAUUGAAUUACACCUACGAUGAUGACUACACCUACGACAACAGCCUCGCGCAACCCUGCCACUCCACGUACUGCAUGCAGUUCGGCGUCAGCAUCCCACCAUUUCUUGCAGUGGCCAGCAUCCUUGGCUUAAUUUGCAAUCUGAUACUGGGCGUCGCCCUGGUCCGGUGCCCUCGGCUGUGGGACCAGCCCCACCCCAGCAGAACAAAACUCGUCCUGAUUUCGGCAGCCGGCACCCUUUUCGCCUCCACCUUGCCCUUUUUUGCCGUGGCAAGCAGUCGAGGCUGGAUCUUUGGGGACCCUUUCUGCCAGGUGGCCCAGGGGCUAAAAUACGGUUGCCUCUUUGCUCAGAGCCUGAUGAUGGCCAGCACCCUGUGCCACGUCCAGCGGGGCUUUGCCAACAAGAUUGUCCUCGUUCUCUUCCUGAUGGGCUUUGUGUGUGCCAUCCCCGCAGCCAUGAGUAGCAGCAGCACAGAAAAUAUCUGUAUCCCAAGCCAAAAUCUCAAGCUAUUAUCCUGGUCUCUGGGUCACACUAGUGUCAGCCUGGCUCUUUUCGACAUCUUUCCGGUGAUGGCAAUUUUGGCCAGAGUGGCUCAGAAGUGGCGUGGGAAGAACCAGUGGCCACAGAUGGACAUAACCUGGCUGUUCCCCCUCUUCUGGGCACCGUACGGCAUGGCUCAACUGCUGCACAUCCUGCUACAGGAGAAGGUGCUGGUGGCGACCUGCCCUUUCCAGAAACAUCUGGAUUACUUCCUGGGGAUAUCAGAAGGGCUGGGCACCGUCCACUGUUUUCUGUGCCCCCUGCUCAUUCUGGGAUUCAGCUUCUGUCCACAAAAGUCUGUCCCAGCUCUCCACAGUGGCUAAAGCAGACGGCUACUUCCGUUACCAUCACACUCCCAUCCCUGGGACUUUAUACCCCUGCCUCUUGCAAAGAAGUGCCAGACCUGAUUUAGCAUAUGGUGAAAGCCAAACUUGGUCUGAACGCAUAUGAAGGUCUGUGUUCGGCCAACAUCCACUCUACUUUCAGUAAAUUCUGAGGUGUGAAUAAAUGAUCAGUAAAUGG